AUGUCCGUCAUUCUGUGUACCGCCGGUUACGACCACACAAUCAGGUUCUGGGAGGCGCUGUCGGGGAUAUGCUCGCGGACGAUCCAGCACCCUGACUCUCAAGUGAACCGUCUCUGCAUCUCUCCCGACAAGCGGUUCCUCGCCGCGGCCGGCCACCACACCGUCAAGCUCUACGACAUCAAGUCGACGAACCCCAAUCCCCUGCUCACGUUUGAGGGGCACACGGGCAACGUCACCGGCGUGGCGUUCCACUGCGAGGGCAAGUGGAUGGUGACGAGCUCCGAGGACGGCACGGUCAAGAUUUGGGAGACGCGGACGGGGACGAUCCAGCGGAGCUACAACCACGGGUCCCCGGCCAACGACGUGGUCAUUCACCCGAACCAGGGCGAAAUCAUCAGCUGCGACAGGGCGGGCAGCGUGAGGAUCUGGGACCUGGCCGAGAACACGUGCGCGCACGAGCUCAUUCCCGAGGAGGACGUGUGCGUGUCAAGCGUGACGGUUGCCAGUGACGGAACGCUGCUGUGCGCUGCCAACACGGCGACGGAGCUGCUGCCGGUAACGCAGUUCAGCGCUCACAAGGAGUACAUCACCCGAAUCCUCCUCUCCCCCGACGUCAAGAAGCUGGCGACGUGCAGCGCCGACCACACGGCCAAGAUCUGGGACAUCAGGGACGUCAAGCCGGCGUCGAACCCCGACGAGAAGAGGCCGCUCCCCCUCGAGGCCACGCUCACGGGGCACCAGCGGUGGGUCUGGGACUGUGCCUUCAGCGCGGACUCGGCAUACCUCGUGACGGCAUGCUCAGACCACUACGCGCGGCUAUGGGAACUGCACAGCCAGCAGAUUAUACGCCAGUACAAUGGCCACCACAGAGGAGCCGUAUGCGUAGCGCUCAAUGACUAUUCGGAGACGCGUUAGAGAUCCUUUGAGGAGUACUUUUUUUUGGCUGCGAUUAAAGCAUGAAGACGGCUCGACGGGAAGGAGCCCUAAUCCCAGAGAACCACGGUUUGGUUGGCGCGGCGUUGGGUAGUUGCUAUUCUGGUAAUUCUUUGCUUGCUUGUUACGUUUCAUUCUUUUUCCUGGUGAUGCAAUCUAUAUUGCAUAUGGAAUGACUGGCCUUUGAGCGCAAGGAGGUGGCAGCGGCUGAUGUAGGAGUCAGCUAAUGGACGGUCUCAGCUUCCUAUCAAGUGUACCUUUCUACCUAGGUAGGCUUU